AUGGGCAACUAUAUUUCAGCUGUAUUCGACAUAGAAAAUCCAAUGGUAGAGGAUUUCCGAAGCUUGUCUACCUUAUCCUCUGCAUGUAGCAUCUAUAGAGUUCCUGAUCGGCUACGUCAUGUCAAACCAAAAGUCUAUAUACCUAAUGUUGUCUCCAUUGGCCCCCUAUGUCAUGGUAAUGAAGGCUUAAGAGCCAUGGAAGAACAUAAAAUGAGGUACCUGCUAGAUUUCAUUAGACGAACCGGGGAAACCUUGGAGUUCUUCAUUGACGUUGUAAGAAAGAACGAGGCAAGACUUCGUGAUUGUUACGCAGAAACCAUUCCGUUUAGCGGUGAAAAAUUUGUCAAAAUCAUUCUGGUUGAUGCUGCCUUCAUCCUUGAGGUCUUACUCAAGUCCUCCAACGACAAACUCCGAGAAGAAAACGACCGCAUAUUCAACAAACCCUGGUUGAUAAAGGAUGUUUGGACCGACAUGCUUUUGCUUGAAAAUCAGCUUCCAUUCUUCAUUAUUGAGCUUCUUUUCAAUUCAUACAAAAGAAAAGCCCUUCCAAUCAAUAGCUAUGGGACGCCACUUACAAUCAAUAAUCUUACACAAGUGUUCUUCAAAAACCGAAUGGAGUCAACUGGAAUAUUAGAAAGAUGGGAAGAAAUCUCUGAUGGUGAUGUCAAAAUCGAACAUUUUGUUCAUCUCCUACGACACGUGCAAUUACAACCUGUUGUGGUGCAUAGUGAAAGGAAACUUGAAACACUCACCACGCCCAGCAUAAGACAGCUAGACCAGGCUGGAGUCAAGUUUGAGGUAGGGCCAAGCAGAAAUCCAUUUGACAUACAAUUUGAUAAAGCAAAAGGGAUUCUGAAAAUCCCAAAGCUUAUUUUAAGUGAUGAAACAGAAUUCAAAAUCCGAAAUUCGCUAGCCUUUGAGCAGUGUCAUUGCAACGAGAACUAUCUAAAUGAUUAUGUUAUCAUUAUGAGUCGCCUUGUUGAGAGUCCUAAGGAUAUAAACUUACUCAUCAAGCAUGGAAUUGUCGAGAAUAGGCUUAACAACAACCGAGAAGGGUCAGAUCUUCUUAACAAGCUUGCCGAUGGGGCUAUUUUGGACGAUUAUAGCUUCUAUUUUGCUGGUCUUUCUGACGCACUGAACGGCUACUACAGAACCGCUUGGCACAAGUGGAGGGCAAUCUGGCACAACUGGAAGUUAUACUUGGAACAAGAAUAUUUCGGAAGACCAUGGGCCAUGAUUUCAUUUAUUGGAGCUGUUUUUCUGCUUAUACUCACUAUUAUGCAAACAGUGUGUUCUGUUAUCCAGCUACUUCAUCCUUCCAAGUAG